AUGGUGAAAGAUGAUUACUCCAGCGGUGGCGGCAAGCUCAAAUUGAAGGGAAGUAAAGUGAGUGACGGGCGUGUGGAGAAGAAAAAGAAGAAGAGUCUCAAGAAGAAGGAGAAAGACGCCGAGACUAAGAUCGACUCCCCGAACCCAAAUCCCGAUCUGGACGAUGUUGAGAGUGGCAAAGAGAGUGUGGCUCCUGUCAAAACAGAGACUGAGAAAAGACAUGAUGAAUUGAGGCGCAAACGGUUACAAGACCGUCUCGCGCGAGAAGGCAUCAAGACUCAUAAAGAGCGAGUGGAAGAGCUCAACACGUAUCUCAGCAAGCUUAGUGAGCAUCACGACAUGCCGAAGAUCGGACCCGGUUAG